CCUUCGCGCCAGUCGCGUCAGUUGCGUGAGAGCCUUCAACGGGGGAGGUGCUGUCUGGCACAUAUUGUGCAUAGCACCCUCUCCUCUCUUAUAAUCACUGCCAUUAGUAAUAAUAUAUAUAUAUAUAUAUAUCUAUAUAUAUUAUAUGUAUACAUGUCUAAUCGAAGUAUAGGAAAAUAGAAAAUUAAUGUGUCACGAGCAUCGAAUCAACGAAUUUUUGAUUGUGAUUCGAAUCGUGACAGUCGAACCGCGUAUAAUUCAUUGAGAUUAAUGUGAACCGGGCUGCAGAUCCGCUAGCAAAUCGUGUACCGUGAAGUGUUAGUAUCAAAGAAGAAGCGAGGUGAAGCUUCACGGACCCGUAUCACUUGUGUUAGUUCUGUUUAGCAGUGCUCCGCUUCGCGCGGCGGAGUGUACGAUCGCGUUUUCGACGUGUCGUCAUCUUUGUUUUAUGCAUCGACAUCGGCACACACGUUUGCUCACUGCCUGACGCGCGUCAGUCGACGGCCUUGUUUCUCUGUGUUCUUACGCGCGCCCCCCCACCCCCCUCGCCCCUCGUUGGUUGCUCUACAAAGAUAUAUCGUAAUAAUGUCGCGUGUGACGUUGUAACCGAAAGCGUCGGCUGGAUUCUGUGCGCGAUUCGAACGAGGAAGUCGGUGAACUUGUGCAGCGUGGCCAGUGGUGAUAUUUUUGUUUCAACACAUUCUCUUCCCGUUUCAUCCACUUCAAAGGAAGGAAGAAAGGAGGGAGCGUGAGAGAGUGAGAGGGAGAAAAAGCCUGCUGCGACGCGUGCACGGCCUUCCAGCUUACAUACGGCGUCUUCCUGACGCUGAUUGAGAUUUAAAUUCCACAGACCUUGGGCGAUUUAAAUGGGCCGUGAAAGCAUUUCAGCAGGUGCUAUGGGUGGAACCAGGAUUUCCACGGGCCUGCGAGGUUCACCUACGACUCGGCUUGAUGCUGAAGGUCCAUGCUGAUUUUGAUGCCGCCUUGAAGCACCUGACACUCGCCUUGAUCGAUGCCACCACACCUGCCUCCUUCUCCAAACUCGAAAUAAAAUUUCAUAUAGCCCAUUUGUACGAAGUCCAAGGGAAAUAUCGUUUAGCAAGGGAUCAUUACGAAGCGUUGCUGAAAGAAAAGGCACUACCUUCUCAUUUAAAGGCUGACAUUUGCCGUCAAUUAGGAUGGAUGUAUCACGUGGUUGACUGUACAGUGUUAGGUAUAACGAGACAGCAAAAGCAAGCGAUCGCUAUUCACUGUUUGCAAAAGUCCAUUGAAGCGGAACCGAAGAGCGGCCAAAGCCUUUACCUGUUGGGACGUUGUCUGGCUGCUUCUGGAAAAGUUCAUGAUGCGUUUAUCGCUUACAGAAAUUCCGUGGAAAAAUCCGAAGGCAAUGCCGACACUUGGUGCAGCAUAGGAGUGUUGUACCAACAACAGAAUCAACCUAUGGACGCUUUGCAAGCCUACAUAUGCGCCGUACAAUUAGACAAAUCACACUCGGCCGCGUGGACUAAUGUGGGCAUUUUGUACGAAAGCGUUAGUCAACCAAAGGACGCUCUAGCGUGUUACGUCAACGCAUCCAGGGGUAAUAACACGCCAAAUUGCACGGGCUCAUUGGCGAGUCUAGGCGGUGCUAAGUCCGGUGGUAACACCCCGAUGAACCCAUCUCUUCAGCAACGGAUCAACUUCUUGCAAAGUCACCUCAGCCAAGCACCAAUGCCUUCCGUCGCUACCAAGAGGCGGCAAUUGCCGUGUAUAGAAGACGCUUGGAACUUACCCAUCAGCGCUGAGAUGUCAAGCAGACAGCAGCAACAACAGCAGCCACCCACAGGUCCAGGUUACAAGUACGGUACUACACCUGCCGGGCCACCACCUCCGUAUCCCCAGGGACAAGGACAAAACCUUAAUACAAAAAGAUUUAAGCAAGGAGAAGAGCCAAUUUCUCCAGGUUCGCAACAGCGGCCACCACCCUUUUAUCUUACAUCCCAGCAGCUACAAAUGCUACAGUUUCUUCAACAGAAUCAUGGAAGUUUAACGCCUCAACAGCAAGGUCUGCUUGUUCAGUUGCAGCAACAGUACAGAUGCAUGCAACAACAUCAGCAACAAAUUAGAUUGCAACAACAACAAGCUGCGCAGAGGGGAUUGAGGCCUGGACAACCUGGUUAUCCCACUGGGUACAAUCACGCACAACUGGGACAAGCUGGUGUAAUAAAGAACUAUGGAAUACCUCAACAACCGCUACAGCAAGGUGGAACCGUUGCAUUGCAAACUGGAUUCUCAGACUCGAAUGUCGGUUACAAUACAGCAGCGACUGGCAACAGCCAAACACCAGGAAUGCCUUACAAGUCUGCUUCUGAUUCAAAUUAUCCUCAGAGACAAUUGUCGUCCGGCCAAUACAACCAGUACCAGCCUAAUCAGUAUACCGCCCAGGGUUAUACACAGAUAUCAUCAACAACGAGCAAUUAUCCAGAAGGUUCUGCUGGUAACAAGGAUCUAGGAGUCACGGAUCAAGAGUUACAGGCACUGUUGUCGCAAAAGGACAUCGCGACCUCCUUGGCGGAAGAUUUAUUGAAACAUUUCGGCUCCGAGGAUUUGGACGUAAAGGAAGAAGCGCCGAGCAUUAUGAACAAUGGUACUUUAAGUUCCGGUCCGUUUUCACCGUCGAAUCUCGAGGAAAGUACAGAGAAGAUCAAGGAAGUGAAACUGGAGAAGGUAGAGGAUAGUCAACCAUCGUCCACGUCCACGAAACUCGAAACGUACGAGAAGAGUAAUUCGAAGGCGCCUACCACGGCGGUCGAGACGGUUAAGUGCGAGGCGACGUCAAGUACAAAUAAAAUAGAACCGAUUGCUCGAGUCGAGCCGGUUUUGAAAUUAGAGAGCUUAUGCGAAUCGCAGCCCGAGCAAGAACUUAGUAUAGAGAUGGAUUCGAAGACUAUUAUCGAGGCAUGCAAAGGUCAAGGGUUGAAAGGUGUACCAAACUGUUCGAUACUGAGCGAUCGUUCACCACCACCGGCACCACCCGAUCCUCCGAGUCAGAGGCUAACCAAGGAACAACUCCUACCACCGACUCCUAGCGUUUAUUUAGAAAAUAAGAAGGACGCGUUCAGUCCACAGCUUCAAGAAUUUUGCUUGAAGCAUCCGAUAGCUGUGAUUCGUGGUCUGGCAGCUGCAUUGAAGCUGGAUCUUGGAUUGUUCUCGACAAAAACGCUGGUCGAAGCGAAUCCGGACCAUGGUAUCGAGGUGAGGACGCAAAUGCAACAAACCAGCGACGAAAACUGGGAUCCCGUUAUGGGCAGGAAAGUUUGGGGCUGUAUCAGUCACAGAAGUCAUACAACCAUCGCGAAGUACGCACAGUAUCAAGCAUCUAGCUUUCAAGAGAGUUUGAAAGAGGAAAGAGAAAAAGCUCAAGGUAUACACACCUCGAAUCUGUCCGAUUCUGAUUCGAAGGACAGCACCGGCGCUGUCAGAAGGAAGAAAAAUGCUUUCGGAUUGGCCGGCCGACCAGGCUCGAAAAUGCUGCGGUUUGGGACCAAUGUAGAUUUAUCGGAUGAAAGAAAAUGGAAACCGCAGCUUCAAGAACUGAUGAAAUUACCAGCGUUUGCCAGAGUCGUAUCCGCUGGAAAUAUGCUCAGCCAUGUUGGUCACGUUAUUUUAGGCAUGAAUACUGUUCAGCUGUACAUGAAGGUACCUGGCAGCAGAACACCUGGUCAUCAGGAGAAUAAUAAUUUUUGUUCCAUUAAUAUCAACAUUGGGCCAGGUGAUUGCGAGUGGUUCGCAGUACCUGAUGCAUAUUGGGGUGUAAUUUGUUCUCUUUGCGAACGUAAUAAUAUCAACUACCUUCAUGGUAGUUGGUGGCCAUCUUUAGAGGACCUAUACGAGGAAAAUAUUCCGGUCUAUAGGUUUUUACAAAGACCAGGCGAUCUUGUCUGGGUUAAUGCGGGAUGUGUACAUUGGGUUCAAGCUGUUGGUUGGUGUAAUAACAUAGCAUGGAACGUAGGCCCUUUGACCGCUCGUCAGUACCAACUGGCAAUUGAACGAUACGAAUGGAACAAGUUACAAUCGUUCAAAUCCAUAGUACCAAUGGUACACCUUUCCUGGAAUUUAGCUCGGAAUAUCAAAGUGUCAGAUCCCAGACUGUUUGAAUUAAUUAAAAAUUGCCUGUUAAGGACAAUGAGACAGUGCUGCUUAAUAUUAGAGUUUGUAAAAAGUAAGGGUGUCGAAGUUCGAUUUCACGGACGAGGAAAGAACGAAGCGUCGCAUUAUUGUGGCCAGUGCGAGAUUGAAGUAUUUAAUAUCUUGUUUAUAAGAGAACAAGAAAAACGUCACGUAGUACAUUGUAUGGAUUGUGCACGAAAACAAUCACCAUCAUUAGAAGGAUUCGUUUGUCUAGAAGAGUAUAGAAUGUGCGACUUAAUGGACGUUUACGAUGGAUUUUCGUUACAUUCGUCUUUAACUACUCCCUCAUCUAUUCAAUCUAGCCAAUCCUCCUGAGGUUACAUGCAACACAGAUAUUUGGACUUCUUGGGCACUUUACAGUGACUCGAUAGUACCAAUUUCUGUGUUUGUAAAGUAACUUUUUACGAUAAGCAUUAUUCAAGUACCUGAGAGCUACUACGAGAAAGAAAUGACAAGAAAUUAGAGAAAUUUUAUGCGUUAGACCAUUCACACUAAGUCAAAAAUAUGUUUCCAUACUAAUUUUAAGGCACCGAGUAAUAUGUGGUAUCAUAUUAUAAGCAAUUUGAAAGUUUUAAUCAUUCUAACAAUUAGUUAGCGCGAUUUGUACAGAUAAUUAGUAGACAAUAUUUGGAUAAUUUUUUAAUCAUUCAUAUGAAACAAUGAAUACGAAGAUUUGAUACAGCUCUCGGGUAUUUCAAGUCGAAGCUAUAAAAACAGGAGAAGACUGCGUCUUUCUUUUAACUACGCGAUAUAUAUACAUAUAUAUAUCAUGUAAUCCUUUGAUAAAAUCGCUAAAAAAUUUCUUUUUAGUUCAUUCAGGUUAUUCGAGGUUCUAUUGUAUAAUGAAAAAUUUUGUGCAUAUAGAAGAAAAAUUAUGAAAUUGUUCACUGCCAGUUGUGAAUAUAUUAAAGGAUUACACUUAUUAGUCCAAAGUGGUGAGGGAUAAGCUAUCGUUAACUAUUGUUAUGGUUUAGAAUAUAAAUGUAAAAUAUUGCAAAGCUGCUCAAAACGUACUUGUACAUUUUUUGUAUACAAACAGAUCAUAACAAUUAUUGGUUUUUAUGAAAUUCAUCGAGAUAUUAGCACGGUACGAAUGUCCUACCGCCACUGGCAAUUGUUCGAUUCAUGAAUCAACAAGGAUAUUGAUUUCAUAGCAAUUUUCGAAACAAUUAGACUAAUAUACAGUGUUAUUAAAUAAACUUUUCUAAAACGACAUACGUCAAGAGUUUGAUAGAAAAGUAUGCAACCAGUAGAGUGGCAUUCGUGGCAAAUAUCUUGCUCUUCGCAUAUAAAUCAAUCAUUGUGUCGUUGCGGCUCUAAAAUAUUUGUACAGUGAAUUGUAUUAUUUGUAAUAGCAAUUUUGAUGGUAUAACGACUUGCAUAUUUCGAACACGAAAAAACGAUCAUGUGCCGCGAACUGAUUAUGAAACGGCGUUUCUCAAUUUAUAGAUUUUAUUAUUACUAUUAUUAUUAUUAUUAUUGUUGUUGCUGUUGUUUCCACGAACGAAAACAACGGAGAAGCGUGGUAUAAAUUAGUUGGAUACGAAAUUGAAAAUCAUGUGAGGCAUUAUUUUAAUCUUUUUUUCACAAUCAUGAAACGACGAAGCAAAAAAAUAUUUAUUGAUUAUUAAUUAUAAUAUAAAUGAAUUUGUUCCGAUGAAUUUUUUAAUUAUGUUAAGUA